AUCCGCAGCCGCUGCACAUCCCGACGUGCGCCCCGCCCUCCCCAGCUGUGCACCCUCAGUCCAGCUGUGCUCGCUUGUCGGGAGUCCAGCCAUGUCCGCCGAGAGAGAGGUAGCCGAAGCGGCCACUGUGGUGGUGGCGGCGGCCGAGGAAGGGGCCAAGGAAGAUGUUUCUUCGCAACCCCCGAAAGCUGAGGCAACUAGCGACCCGCAGCCGCCCGCGGCCUCUGAAGGAGCGGCCGCCGCCUCUCCGCUGCCGCCGCUGCGCUGCCUGGUGCUCUCUGGCUUCGGCGGCUAUGACAAGGUGAAACUGCAGAGCCGGCCGGCCGUGCCCCCAGCUCCCGGGCCCGGUCAGCUGACGUUGCGCGUCCGGGCCUGCGGGCUCAACUUUGCAGAUCUCAUGGCCCGGCAGGGGCUGUACGACCGGCUGCCACCGCUGCCCGUCACUCCUGGCAUGGAGGGUGCGGGCGUUGUGAUCGCCGUGGGCGAGGGAGUCAACGACCGCAAGGCAGGGGAUCGGGUGAUGGUGCUGAACCGGUCAGGAAUGUGGCAAGAGGAGGUGACUGUGCCCUCAGCCCAAACCUUCCUGAUGCCUGAGGCCAUGACCUUUGAGGAAGCAGCUGCCUUGCUGGUCAAUUACAUCACAGCCUACAUGGUCCUCUUUGACUUCGGCAAUUUGAGGCCUGGCAACAGCGUCUUGGUACACAUGGCUGCAGGUGGUGUGGGUAUGGCAGCUGUGCAGCUGUGUCGUACAGUGGAGAAUGUGACAGUGUUCGGAACAGCCUCAGCCAGCAAGCAUAAGGUGCUGAAGGAGAAUGGGGUCACACAUCCUAUCGACUACCACACAACUGACUAUGUGGAUGAGAUCAAGAAGAUCUCCCCCAAAGGAGUGGACAUCGUCAUGGACUCUUUGGGUGGGUCAGAUACUGCCAAGGGCUACAACCUCCUCAAACCCAUGGGCAAAGUCGUCACCUAUGGAAUGGCCAACCUGCUGACGGGCCCCAAGCGGAACCUGAUGGCCCUAGCCCGCACAUGGUGGAAUCAGUUCAGUGUGACAGCUCUGCAGCUGCUACAGGCCAACCGGGCUGUGUGUGGCUUUCACCUGGGCUACCUGGAUGGUGAGGUAGAGCUGGUCAGUAAUGUGGUGGCCCGCCUUCUGGCUUUGUACAACCAGGGUCUCAUCAAACCUCACAUUGAUUCCGUCUGGCCCUUUGAGAAGGUGACUGAUGCUAUGAAGCAGAUGCAGGAGAAAAAGAAUGUGGGCAAGGUCCUCCUGGUUCCUGGGUCAGAGAAGGAGAACUAGGACAAGGGACUCAGGACCCUUGAGGCCUAGAAAGGGAAGGGAAGGUUGGGAAGCCCCAUUUCUGAUGACCACCAGACUCUUACAUUUCAUCCUCUUAUCAUAAUGCUCUUCCCUCCCUCUCUCCCCAAAGGUCUCUGUGGUGAUGAACACUUCCGGGCCCUGUUCUUUCUCUUUGGUCAGGGCUGCUCCCUCCCCCUUCCUGCCCUCCAAGAGGUUGGGAAGUGACCACUUGGAUGUUUGGGGCCUGCCAAGGGGACAGGGAGGGUCAGAAGGAGGCUGAUGGCUUCCUGCCCCCACCCUUUCCCGGGCCUGCUGUGCUGCUUUUGUGCCAAGGUUAGCUAAUCCCUCCCCAUCCUGUUGUGUGUGCUUCCGCUUCUGCCUCAUCUUCUCUCCCACCCCUGCCCCACCACCUCCCCAAAGAAUUGAAAUGUCAGCUCAGGAUAAGGGGCCAAUCUGUGUGAGCCCAGCAUGUACCUAUCUCUCCCUAAUGUCCCUUCAGCCCAGGGCCGACCAGCGCCCACCUUUGGGCUUGAUCAGUUCCCAACUUUGUCGUCUGUCCCCAAUUUAUUAAGCACAGUUGGAUUACUUCCACUUCCAGGUUUGCUGCCAUCCUUAACCAAGGCCGCCUCUUACAACAAGGACAGGAAACAGACCCAUGUCCCAGGUCACAACUCUGGGAGGGAGGCAGAGUACCCCUACCCUUCACUGAGGUCUCUGGAUUUGUUCUCAGUGCCUUAGCAUCGGAAAACCUGUGCUUGUGUGUGUGUAUUUGAGGGGGGGGGAUCCCUAUCUCUGGCUUCCUCCUUCCUGUCCUCCCCAGUGCCUUCCUUAUUCUGGUGGAGAUGGGGUUUUACUUCUCCCCAGUCCUACAACACUGCCAAAAAUCUGUGUAUGUGCCAGUGGGUGGGGGGCCAGCCAUUAGCAUCUUGGGGUCAGGGCAAAAAGUAGUUGCCCUCAACAUGGUCUGUGCCAUGUCCUGUCUUUUAUCAGACCUGGAGGAGAACAAGAUGAGAAGCUUUAACAGGCUGAUCUGGGAGAUGCAAUGUUGUGUCUUGUUCUGGGACCAAAGUGAAAAUCAAAGCACAUUCCCUUUGUAGUCAAGGAGGCCUCACCACCUUCUCCCAGAGGGAGGCAGCUUUUCAGCUCAGCCCCAAACUUUGUUUACAUGGUGGGGAGAUAGAGCAGGAAAAUAAAGGGGGGUGGUAAGGAUCUGUACCACGGGAACCAAAGUGGGGACUUCCUAGGGAGGAGAAUAACUCCCUCUGCUGAGUUGGCAUUAGGGAGGAUUAUUGCCCCAGCCAUUGCUAAUGGGAGGUGGGGGGUGGGGGAAUUCAGCUUCUUCCUUGUCUAAAUGAGGCCUACAUGUGGGAAGUGCGAUUUCUGCUUUUGUGUACCCCACCCCAUUACCGAAGCUGCCUUUGUGUUUGUGUCAAUAAAAAGCCAAACCCUG